GUAUGCUCAGUCAAUUCUUGACUUCGGUCGAGAGAAGUUGUACGAUCUGUUGAGGUCUUGGUUGGUGUAAUAUAAAUUAAACCAUGGCUUACGUCAGUGUGGUGCUGUAUUUGGUUUUGCCGGCCCUUGCCCUGCUGUACUACUAUGUGAAACAACACUACCGUUACUGGGCAGCCCGAAAUAUUCCGCAGCUGGACGCAUCGUUCCCGGUCGGUAAUAUGAAAGGCGUUGGCUCUAAGCUACAUUUUAACGAUGUGUUGGGCGAAGCGUACGACAAGGGCAAGGCCAAAUCGUCAUCGCUCGUCGGAAUGUACUUCAUGCUGAAGCCCGUGCUGAUCGUGACAGAUUUGGACAUGGUGAAACGCAUUCUGGUUAAAGACUUUAACAGUUUCCACGAUCGUGGUUUGUAUGUUAACGAGCGAGACGAUCCACUGUCCGGACAUCUGUUUGCGCUGGACGGUGAGCGGUGGCGCUAUCUGCGCAACAAGCUCAGCCCUACGUUCACCUCCGGCAAGAUCAAGCUAAUGUUUACUACAAUUCGCGAGAUUGGUGAUGAGUUUUUGGCAUCGGUAACCCGUUACGUCGAACGGGAAGAACCAAUUGAUGUGAAACUGUUGUCCCAGUGCUUUACGUGUGAUGUGGUAGGAUCGUGUGCGUUUGGGUUGCAGUGCAACUCGUUGAAAAACGAAGGAUCGAAGCUGCUCGAAAUAGGGGAUAAAGUGUUCAAACCACCUGCUUGGAGAAACAUGCUUACAUUUUUGCUAAUUUCCUGCAAAGAUCUGGCGAAACGGUUGCGUCUAGCCGUGCUACCAUCGGACGUGACGUCAUUCUUUAUGCCACUAGUAACUGAAACCGUUAGGGAUCGGGAACAGAACGCGAUUGUAAGGCCCGAUUUCCUCAAUCUGUUGAUACAACUCAAAAAUAAGGGCACGGUUGAGGACGAGUCGGCGGAAGGACUGGAAAAGCUAACGCUGGACGAGGUAGCAGCCCAGGCGUUUGUGUUUUUCUUCGCCGGUUUCGAGACCUCCUCGACGACGCUGUCGUUCGCAUUGUUCGAGCUGGCCAACAAUCCAGAGAUUCAGGAACGGGUGCGUGCCGAAGUGCUGGAAAAGCUCAAGCUUCACGACGGCCAGAUUACGUACGACGCACUCAAGGAGAUGACGUACCUCGAUCAGGUCAUCAAUGAGACUCUUCGCAUAUAUCCACCAGUGCCGAAUUUAAUACGCGUUUCCACACAACCGUACCCGGUGGAGUCAACAAAUGUGACGCUGGACCGAGACACGAUGCUGAUGGUACCGGUCUACGCGAUACAUCACGAUGCAACCAUCUAUCCCGAUCCGAAACGGUUCGAUCCGGACCGGUUUGCACCGGAUGCGGUGCACUCGAGACACACUCACGCAUUUCUGCCUUUUGGGGAUGGGCCACGAAAUUGCAUCGGUAUGCGUUUUGGUUUGCUCGAGGUAAAGUUUGGCAUUGUGCAGAUGAUUAGCAAGCUGCGGUUUACCGUCAGCUCACGUAUGCAGCUGCCGAUUAGAAUGUCCAAAUCGGCAUCAAUUCUGGAGGCCGAAGGUGGUAUCUGGUUAAAUGCGGCCAAGCUGUAAUGGAC